CGAGUGCUCGGAAUUCCAGGAGUGUUUGUUAUAUAUUCCCAUUCUGCAUCUGAGCUUGACCGCAGUUUCUCUUUGGGAGCAGAAUUGAUAUCAAGAAAAUUAAGCCAAAAACGUCUAAUGAGAACUUUUAAGUCAGGAAAAGCCCUUUGAUUUGCGGCACAAGAUGGGAGACUGGGGCUUCCUGGAGAAGUUACUGGACCAGGUGCAGGAACAUUCAACAGCCAUCGGCAAGAUCUGGUUGACCGUCCUCUUCAUCUUCCGCAUCUUGAUCCUGGGUCUAGCCGGGGAGUCCGUUUGGGGGGAUGAGCAGUCCGAUUUUGUGUGCAAUACCAAGCAACCCGGCUGUACCAACGUCUGCUAUGACAAUGCCUUCCCUAUUUCCCAUAUUCGUUACUGGGUGCUGCAGUUUCUCUUUGUCAGCACCCCAACUUUGGUCUAUCUGGGGCAUGUCAUCUACCUCUCCCGACAAGAGGAGAAGCUAAAGGAAAGGGAGCACGAACUCCGGGCAUUGCAAACCAAAGAUUACAAGGCAGCAGCUAUGUUGAUGGCGGUGGAGAAGAAGAUGGCCAAGAUCUGUGUGGCUGAAGAUGGACACAUUAAAAUCCGCGGACCUCUAAUGUGGACCUAUGUCAUUAGCGUGAUCUUCAAGACCAUCUUUGAGGCAGGCUUUCUUCUUGGCCAGUGGUACCUAUACGGCUUUGUCAUGCAUGCUAACUAUGUGUGCAAAGGUCCUCCAUGCCCAUACCUUAUAGACUGUUUUAUGUCCCGUCCCACUGAAAAAACCAUCUUCAUCCUUUUCAUGCUGGUAAUGGGCUUGAUCUCCCUUGUCCUCAACAUUUUGGAGCUUCUCCAUCUCUUUUGCAAGCACGCGCUCAAAAGGGUUAAGGAAAGAGACUGCUGCUCCCCAUCGUCUGCUCCCCCUCUACCCUUCGAUGCCAACAGCAUGGGUAAAAUGCCAACGGGGCCUUAUCCGCCAGAUAAACCCUAUUUCUACCUCCCCAUGUCAGACGGGCAUGCUCCACCCUACCAGGGAUACAACAAGCUCUCCAGUGAGCAGAACUGGGCCAACUACAACACAGAAGAAACCCUGGCCUUGCAAAACCAGAUGAAUGCCCCUGAUCUCUUUGCAACGGUAGCCCCUGGGAUCCGUCCCUCUCCAGACAGGCAGUCCAGCCGACCAAGUAGCAGUGCUUCUAAAAAACAGUAUGUCUAGCAAGCAGCCAUUUGAAGUGUAAGCUCCAUGGGGGCUUCCUUGAGAGCAGCCAAGUUUCUCCUGAGGGUCUCUUCAUGCGAAAGGCUCCAAUAUGAUUCCUUACCAUGGAAGAAAGAGGCUGGGCCUCGGGAUUCUUCCCAGGUGCUUCCCAAGUUGUUGCCACAGUAUUCUACUGCCCAGGUGAGAACCAGGACUUGAAUGCAUGGACACAGACUGAACUUGUGGAUCCACCAAAAGUGUAAAAAGACAAACAAUCUCAUAGAAGUCAUUGAAGUGGCUGGUUAACGAGCAUUUUAAGAUGGAGUGCUAAAUGUUGAUUCCUGGAGGAAAAACAUAAGUAGUUGGGUCUGUAUUUUGAGGUGUCUUGUGACUUGCAGAUCAGCAAACAGCCACCGGACCACAAAGGGAGGAGGGUAGGUAGAAGAGAAACUAGCUUGGACUAUCCAAACUGAGUUUCAAAUACUGGAAGUAAAUGCAAGCUGAAAAGGAGAGUGCAGAAUAAACGCAGGGAGGAACUUCUGGUAUGUCACCUUUUUAGGAAUGGACAUGUGAGCAGGUUGAGGAAAGUCAUUCGUCAAGCAGAUUUUGUUUUCAUGUUGCAGUUGUCAAAUUUCUGGGCAGCUUACUUAUUAAAUACUGCAGCUCAUCUGCCAUUUGCAUAUUGUUCCAAGUAGGCAUUAGGGAGAAUAAUUGUUGUUGCUCAUCUUAUCUUAUUAAAUAUGACUCCUAUUUAAGUAUGGAGCUGAUAUGGCUUUGGUCCUCUGGGGUUGCUUUAUAAAUGUCUUCCAUCUAACACAGUAGAAAAGUUUUCAAUCUCACCAUAUAUUUGAAGCUCCAAUUUCUGUCUCCACUGACACUGAGUGAACUUUGGGUCUGCAAAGGGCUCUCUCUACAUUUCCCCCCCACCCUUCAACUGGUAACUUGGAGAAACUGAAUCAAAAUGGUUCACUGUGUAAAUUAACUCCCCUUUCUCCAUCUCCUUGGUUAUGUAAUUCCAUCUCUCCUUCCGUCACGACUCUUUUUUUAGAGAUUGGCCUUCCACAAGCUAAAUGCUCUUCAACCAGAGGUGGGUUCCUACAGGUUUGGGCAAGUAGGUAGUAACUCAGCUGGCCACAUCCCUGAACCAGUUUUAUUGGCAGCACUGCAGAUGCCACCAUCUUGUCUUUUGCUUCUGCGCAUGGCCAAAAUAUUUUUUUUGCCUACUGUGCAUGCACCUGAAGCACGUCCUGAAGCCCAAAGUGCGUCCCUGAGUGAAUCAUCAGUAGAAGGAGCUGGAACCUACUCUUGCCUUCAACCCUGAUGGGGCUACAGGUCCUCAGGUUUCCAGCCAUGGUGGUUUGGGAUGUUGGGCACGAAGAUCCCAGCACAUCUGGAAGAUACCAAAAUAUGAAAAGCUGCAGCAGGCACACAUUUCUCUUGGUUUUCAAUGGAUCAGAACCUCAUCAGAACUUCAUUCUGAUGGUUCUGGGAAGCCACAUUCCUUCGUAGACAAAAGACUAUUGUGUCAUCUGAACUUUACUCAGUAUAAAUUAUCCAUUGGCGAUACACUCUAAAUAUUGAAAGCUAUCUGGCCUUCUCCAGUGUAGCUGCUCAUCCAUCCUUCUCAUUGCAAUCAUUAUUUGUGCAGGGCUCUGUCAAACAGAGAUUACUCCUGAAUGUUUGAGGUCAAUAUUGUGUUAUAUAUGUGUAUCCUUAUGAAUCGUUGCGGUGGUCAGCCUCUCUCCUGGCUUCCUAUUUGUACCUUCUUUUUUAUUAUGUGUUCUAAUUCUUUCACAUCGUAGGACUGUAAGCACAAGCUGGAUCCUUGGGUGUUAAAACCACAACCUUUCCUGCAAUGGGAAAGUAAUGUGGAUUUUUUAAAAAUGCUCAUGUGUCAGCCUUUUUGGAAAAGGUUCCUGCCUCUCUCUGGAUUAAAUCAAAGGAGCAGGGUGGUUUGGGGGUUUUGUGUUUGGAACUGCAAAAAUAUAUGCUUGGGAAACUGACUUUUGUUGCUGCAGGUGAAAAGCUUGUGAUGGUUAAAAAAAAUAGGAUCGCUCUCCAGCUUCAAUCAAGAGCCGGGGUCCCUAAGCAUGGCAACUUUAAGACUUGUGGACUUCAACUCUGACUGGAGAAUAUUGGAAGUCCACAAGUCUUAAAGUUGCCAAAUUUUGAAGACCUCUGAUAAAGAGCAAAUUGUGAUAGGAAGAGAUAAGGGGGCAAGGACCUUUUUCUCCCCAUCUCUACCGAACUCUUUCUGAUAACUAAGCUGUGAAAAGGAGAUGGUUGGAUGUAGAGAACUCACCUGUGUGCCUUGGAUGGAGAUGUCUUGGAUCAACGUGGCCAUUAAGAAGAUAGUUCCACAUCACCAGUUCAUAACCAAUGUUCACAUUUGUAGGGCGCACGAUGGAGGGUUAUGGGUAUGCACUCUGUGUUUGCGUCUU